AAGGACACAGCUGCACAGCUGCUCAGUUUACUCUUACACGGUGGAGCUGACUGCUGGACUGGACUGAACUACCCACAAGGCACUAGUUCCCUAGUUCUCCUCCAGCCUGUGUGUGAAGGAGAAGCCAGUGGCAUUGUCCCAAAGGUCUGUAUAUAAGAUGAGAGAGGGAGGGUGUUGGAUUCCUCAAUAAGGCAUCCAUUCAGUGGCUCAAGAAACCUGCUCUGAAGGCUGGCCAGGUUGAAACUGUUCAAUCAGAUAUAUCUUCACUUCAGAUCAGAAGUUCCUCCAAAAGACUACCUCACCUCACCUGACCUGACUGGGACCAGCUACAAUACAGCCAUGUCUCUGCUGGUCCAUGUUCUGGCCUGCUGCUUCGGACUGGGCUCCUGGGUGGCUGUCAAUGGCCUGUGGGUGGAGCUCCCCCUCAUUGUCAACACCCUCCCUGAGGGCUGGGAGCUACCAUCCUACCUGACAGUCAUCAUCCAGCUGGCCAACCUGGGGCCUCUGCUGGUCACUGUCAUGCACAAGCUGUGUCCGGGCCGGCUGAGGGAGAGCGCUGUCAUCUACAGUGUGUUGUCCAUCGGCAUCCUGGCCUGUGUACUUUUGGCGUUCUUCUGGGAUGAGACCAUGGUUGUGGCAACGGCACCACGGAGCACAGUCUUCUUUAUUCUAACCCUUUUCCUGGCCUUGGUGGAUUGUACUUCCUCUGUUACCUUCCUGCCCUUCAUGAUGCAGCUGCCAGCCCACUACAUUACCACCUACUUCAUUGGAGAGGGCCUGAGUGGCUUUAUCCCUGGUCUAGUUGCUCUUGGCCAGGGCGUCGGCAUGGCCAAGUGUGUAAAUGGCACUCAGUCCUCUGGUAACCUCACUGAAAAGGACAUGUACAUUGUCCAGACCCAGUAUCUACAGCCCAACUUUUCCACUGAGGUGUUUUUCUUCUUCUUGGCGGUGAUGAUGUGCAUCAGCCUGCUGGCGUUCUCUGCCCUCAACAGGUUCCCACACAGCUUUGAACUGUCCACAGAGAACCUAGUUUCAGACACUGACACAGUGGCGUCGGUCUGUUUCGGUCUUGACAACCCUGGAGUGGUAACCGACGAGCUGAACUCUAACCCAAAACCCCACAGUGAGGAAUCAGGUCAGGCUAGGCCACCGCUGGCUAAACCACUCCACUCUGUUUAUCAGUUAGCUUUUAUCUAUUUCAUGGUGGUCUGUGUGAACGGGGCAACCAACGGCCUGUUGCCCUCGGUGCAGACGUACUCCUGCAUGCCGUACGGUAACCUGGCUUAUCACCUGUCGGCGGCUCUGGCAUCCUGCGCCAACCCAGUGGCCUGUAUAGUCGCCCUGUUCAUUCCUAAAAGGUCACUAGUGUUGCUGGGUGUACUGUGUCUCCUGGGCUCAAUCUUUGGAGGAUACAACAUGGCCAUGGCCGCCAUGAGUCCAUGUCCACUACUACAAGGCUCUGCGCUGGGAGAAACCAUCAUAGUUCUGUCGUGGGUCUUCUUUACGGGGACCCUGUCCUAUGUGAAGGUAAUGGUGGGUGUCAUCCUGAGGGACGAGAGCCACAGCGCCCUGGUGUGGUGUGGAGCAGCGGCACAGACAGGCUCUCUGCUUGGCUCUGCCAUUAUGUUCCCUUUAGUCAAUGUCUGCAACAUGUUCGAGUCAGGAGACUUCUGCAACACUAGGUGCCCUUUAUGAUGAUGACUUAUACCCGAGCCAGAACGGCCCAUACGGCAGGAGCUUAUCUCUUGUUUCUGUAGUGAGAGGCAGCUUGAUGUACAAGUACACCCCCUGGACAGGAGUACCCGCUGGUACUUAUACCCACUGGGGUGAUGUGUGAAUAAUGUGGGGGUCAAGGAAAAGACAAUGACAGGACAAUGACGUAUCUGGCCUCAGAUUAGAGAUUGGACUCUAAGUAUGUCUUCAAGGGCACCCGGUGGUGAGAAAAAAAUCCGCCUGGAUCAAUGGAGUAAAGUAUAAGAUUUCAAACUAUUGUUCAGUUAAUAAUUGUAUGUAUUUCUAUGCAGUAUGAUUCACAACCCACACUCAAGGGUGUUGGAGCAAUUGUUGUAAAUAUCUGCAUUAUUAACCUUAUCUUUUUUCAAAUAUAUGGUUUUAAACCAUUACUUGUUGAAUAAUUGGGAAUUUAAGGAGACAAGCAGAAUCCAGAUUCAUGUUUGGUUUGUAAUUACUAGUUAUAGUGCCAUGAAAAUGUUUAUUAUUGAAUUAACCUUAGAUUUACACUGAGUGUACAAAACAUUAAGAACACCUGCUCUUUCCAUGAGAUAGACUGACCAGGUGAAUCCAGGGGAAAACUUAUUGAUGUCACUUUUAAAUCUAAUUCAAUCAGUCUAGGUGAAGGGGAUGAGACAGGUUAAAGAAAGAAUUUUAAGACAAUUGAGACAUGGAUUGUGUAUGUGUGCCAUUCAGAAGGUCCAUGGCAAGAUAAAAGUGCCUUUGAACGGGGGUAUGGUAGUAAGUGCCAGUUACACUGCUGGGUCUUUCAUGCUCAACAGUUUCCUGUGUGCAUCAAGAAUAGUCCACCACCCAAAGGAGGGGGGGGGGGUGUGCAAGUCAAUAUUAGGAAUAUGUUCUUAAUGUUCUGUAUGUACACUUAGUGUAUGUCACGGUCACUCUGCUGAACCCACUGGUGUUUGCUCUAGUUAGAAUGUUUCAGAUUGUAACACUAGAUGGCGGUAGUAGACCAUCUUAGAAAAAACUAUUCUUUGCAUUCCUCAGGUAUCCCAGCAGAUUCUCUUGUCAACACAAAAUACAUUUAAUUACACUUUGUCUAUUCAACACUUAUUGUAUAAAGGCUUUUAUAUCUCUAUGCUUGUGUGUGUGUCAGUGUGAAAGAGCAUUCCAUGUAAGAUCAUCAUAUGAUAUGCACUGUUGAUUGUUUUUGUAAAUACAUUAUA